UGACCGGGGAUGUCAUGGGGUCAGUGACAGUGAAUGUCUUGGGGUCAGUGACAGGGAAUGUCUUGGGAUCAGUGACAGGGAAUGUCUUGGGGCCAGUGACAGGGAAUGUCAUGGGGCCAGUGACAGGAAAUGUCAUGGGGCCACUGAUAGGAAAUGUCAUGGGGUCAGUGACAGGGAAUGUCUUGGGGUCAGUGACAGGGGAUGUCAUGGGACCAGUGACAGGGAAUGUCAUGGGGUCAGUGACAGGGAAUGUCUUGGGGUCAGUGACAGGGGAUGUCUUGGGGUCAGUGACAGGGAAUGUCUUGGGGUCAGUGACAGGGAAUGUCUUGGGGCCAGUGACAGGGAAUGUCAUGGGGCCAGUGAUAGGAAAUGUCAUGGGGUCAGUGACAGGGAAUGUCUUGGGGUCAGUGACAGGGGAUGUCAUGGGGCCAGUGACAGGGAAUGUCAUGGGGUCAGUGACAGGGAAUGUCUUGGGGUCAGUGACAGGGGAUGUCAUGGGGCCAGUGACAGGGAAUGUCAUGGGGUCAGUGACAGGAAAUGUCAUGGGGUCAGUGACAGGGAAUGUCAUGGGGUCAGUGACAGGGAAUGUCAUGGGGUCAGUGACAGGGAAUGUCAUGUGGUCAGUGACAGGGAACGUCAUGGGUUUCGAGAAUAAAACUGGUGCCCGGGUGUCAUCUAACUGA